AGAUGGGGACUAUUACUGCUGGAUUCCAUCUUUUAUUUCUCAUUCCCACAAUUGCAUUGCAUGCCCGUGCCUCAUCCCAGGAAGCGCAUCUCACAAAAUUCCUCUCGUCUAAAAGAACCAGAAGCAACAUCAGCAACAGAAUUGGUGAUCCUACCAGUUUCCCUGGCGGACCAUUUCUCGGAAUCGACAGCAGCCCCCGAACAGAUGGGUACCCGGGCUCCGACCACAUCACUCUCAAGGCGGCCGACAAGAUCUCGGCGCUGCCAGGGCAGCCGGAGGGCGUCGACUUCGACCAGUACGGCGGGUACGUGACUGUCGACGGCCAUAAUGGCCGCGCACUCUUCUACUACUUCGUGGAAUCUCCCGGCAACCCGGCGGUGAAGCCACUCCUCCUGUGGCUCAACGGAGGGCCUGGGUGCUCGUCGCUGGGCUUCGGAGCGAUGCGAGAAUUGGGCCCUUUUCGAGUGAACAGAGACAACCAAACCCUCACUAGGAACAACCAUGCCUGGAACAAUGUGGCAAACGUCAUCUUUCUGGAAUCACCCGCCGGCGUGGGGUUCUCCUACUCCAACACGUCUUCUGAUUACGACAGGAUGGGGGAUCCACUGACAGCCCAGGACACCUACGCCUUCCUCGUCAACUGGCUUGACAGGUUCCCCGAGUACAAGGCACGCGCCCUCUACAUCGCCGGCGAGAGCUACGCCGGCCACUAUGUGCCCCAGCUCGCCGCCACCAUCUUAGCCCACAACAACGACACGGUUGUCAUACUAAAUCUCAAGGGCAUCUUGGUCGGAAACCCGCUUCUGGACGACGCGAAGGAGGAGAGAGGGCACCACGAGUACCUAUGGAACCACGGGGUGAUCUCCGACGAGGUAUGGGCCGAAAUCGCCGGCCACUGCAACUUCAGCGACGACUCCGCCUAUGGUGAUGAUAGGUGCUACAAAGCUAUUACUAAAUCCCAGUAUGAGAGUGAGGACCUCGACAUCUACAACAUAUGCGCCCCCACCUGCAUCACUGACAACAACGGCUCCUACUACUCCAGCAGCCAAUUACCUGGGUACGAUCCGUGCGGCGAAGUGCCUACCAUGGCCUACCUGAACCUUCCUGCGGUGCAGAGGGCUCUCCAUGCUAGAGAAACCAAAUGGAGUGACUGCAAAAUCUUUGUGGAUUUCAAGGACUCGCCGGAUAGCAUGGUGCCAACCUUGAAAUGGCUAAUCGGCCAUGGCUUGCCAGUGUGGGUCUUCAGUGGGGACUUGGACUCAAGGUGCCCGAUCACCAGCACGAGGCACGCCAUCCGCGACCUCAACCUCUACGUCACCGAGCCAUGGCGUCCAUGGACGGUCAGCCAUGAGGUAGGGGGCUAUGUUCAACAGUACAAGGGAGGGUUCACGUUCGCUACCGUGAGAGGAGCAGGGCACACGGUCCCGACCUUCCUCCCGCCUUACGAGAAGUUUACUGCUGCUGCUGCAUUGCACCUUUUGCUUUUUAAUCCCACUUUGGGAUUGCACGCCCGUGCAUCUCAGGAGGCCCAUCUAACCAAAUUCCUUUUAUCUAGAAGAACAGACACCACCACCACCACCACCACCACUAAUGAUCCUACUUUAUAUGACAAGUCGGUUCUCGGCAGCCUCCGAACAGAUGAGUACCCCGCCUCCGACCACGGUGCUCUGAAGGUGGCCGACAAGAUCCCGGCGCUGCCGGGGCAGCCUGAGGGUGUCGACUUCGACCAGUACGGUGGGUACGUGGCCGUCGACAGCCACAAUGGCCGUGCUCUCUUCUACUACUUCGUUGAAGCGCCCGGCGAUGCGACGGCGAAACCACUCCUCCUCUGGCUCAACGGAGGGCCUGGAUGCUCAUCGCUCGACCAUGGAGCGAUGCGAGAGUUGGGCCCUUUCCGUGCAGACAGGGACGGCAAAACCCUCACGAGGAACAAGUAUGCCUGGAACAACGUGGCCAACGUCAUCUUCCUGGAAUCACCCGCCGGCGUAGGAUUCUCCUACUCAAACACGUCUUCCGACUACGACGGGAUGGGGGAUCCAAUGGCUGCCCAGGACGCCUACGUCUUCCUCGUCAGCUGGCUCAACAGGUUCCCCGAGUACAAGGCACGCCCCUUGUACAUCACUGGGGAAAGCUACGCCGGUCACUACAUCCCCCAACUCGCCGCCACCAUCUUAGCACACAACAGCAGCAGCAACACCAUUAACCUCAAGGGCAUCAUGGUUGGGAACCCUUACCUCGACAGGAUGAAAAACCUCAUAGGGCACUACGAGUACCUGUGGAGCCACGGUGCCAUCUCCGACGAGGUAUGGGCCGACAUUGCUGGCGGCUGCAGCAUCAACGACUCCUCCAUCAGCGCGAGGUGCUACCACGCUAUUACCGAAUGUCAGGACGGUAUCCUGGAUCACGAUAACAUAUACGCUCCCACAUGCAUCAUCGACACCAACGGCUCCUACUAUUCCAGCACCUACUUGCCCGGGUAUGAUCCAUGCAGCUAUCUGCCUACCAAGGCCUACCUCAAUAGUCCUCAAGUUCAGAAGGCUCUCCAUGCCAGAGAAACCAAAUGGCUCGAUUGCAGAUCCUUUGAGGACUUCAAGGACUCACCGGACACCAUGGUGCCAACCUUGAAACGGCUAAUCGACCACGGCCUGCCCAUAUGGCUCUUCAGUGGGGAUUUCGACUCCGUUUGCCCCUUCACCGGCACCAAGUACACGAUCCACGACCUCAACCUCUCCGUCACCGAGCCGUGGCGUCCAUGGACGGCCGGGCACGAGGUAGGGGGCUAUGUCCAGCGGUACGCCGGAGGGUUCACCUUCGCCACCGUGAGAGGAGCCGGGCACAUGGUCCCGGCCUUCCAACCCGAGAGAGCGAUGAUACUGCUCCAGUCCUUUGUCACAGGGAUCGUCCUCCCUCCAUUCAAUAAGGAGUACUAG